GAAGACUUAACAUUUUCUCUAUCCACAGCUAAAACUCAGCCAUGAAGGUACUAGCAGUGUUCGUCGCCCUCGUGGCUUUGGCCUCCGCGGCCCCCCGCUCGUGGACCCUGGAUGAGCUGACCGCAGCCAUCGAGAAUCCCGCCACCGACCCCGCGCUGAAGCCCUACCUCAUUGAAGCCCUUAACCAGUACAUGGAUGCUCUGUGGAACGGACAACAGAUUGAAGCCAUGCCCGUGCUGACCCCUGUCGGUAUCGUGCCGUCUCCCUCGGAAGCCGCUGUGAUCCCCCCCGUGGCCGUGCUCCCUGAGGUCCCAGUCGUCCCCGGACCUGUCUUGGUCCCCGUGGUCCCUGAGCCCACCCCCGCCGCCGCCGCUGAGGCGUCGAGCCCCCUCGUCCAGAUCAUCGUCAACGUUAAUGCUCAGCAACAGGGCCCCGGCGCUGGAGCCGUCGUCACCCCCGUCGAGGAACAGGUCGUUGACCCCGUCAUUGUUGUCGAUGAUGCUAUCAACACCCCUGAACCCAUUCAGGUCGUAGAGACUCCCGUUAUCCCUGAGCCCGUGCAGGUGAUCGAGACCCCCGUGCUUCCCGAACCCGUGCAGGUUGUUGAUCCCGUCAUCCCUGAACCCAUUCAGGUUAUUGAACCCACUUUGCCUGAGAUUAACCCUAUUGAUGUGAUUGCCAUCGGAGCCCCUGAGCCUAACCCUAUUGACGUCAUUGCCGUGGGUGCUCCUGAGCCUAACCCCAUUGAUGUCAUUGCCAUCGGUGCCCCUGAAGUCAACCCGGUUGAUCUGAUCAGCCCCGUUCCCGUCGGCCCCGCCGUUGUCGGAGCCGUCGAAGGCAUCAUCGUCUAAGAAUAUUAAUUAUAAUUUAAAAUUAAAGAAAAACCCUACAAUAGCCCGGCGAUUUGGAACACAGCUAAAAAUACAGUUUGAGUUUUUUUUAAAGA